AUGUUACCCCAAAUAUUGUACGUUUUGCAAGAGGCGGGAACAACUGUUUCCUUGAAAGAUAUAAUAACUGGGGUGGAUAAGCUAGGCGUAGGAAAAUGGAAAUCAAAAGAUGAUUGUACUCGGUCACUAGCAGUCGUGCACGCGCUGGACCAGGGGAUGGAACUCGGUUUCAUUGUGUCUGGUCCAAAGCGACAUACGUACAAGCUUGGUGUCAAUUAUCUGCGAUACGAAAACUAUCACUUCAACAAUAAGUUGCGCAUGUUAAGCGAAGAUUUCGCUCUUCACGGCCUGAACAAAAUUCUUGCGAAUAUGGAACAUAUUUAUCAAUCCGAUAUCAGCGACGAUGACAGCACAGAAUAUGGUGAUGCCGUUUCGUACGAUUCGGAUGAUGAGCGUACACCGACACCUAAAAAGAAAGUUGCUAGAAAGGAUGGUAACGUUGCGAAACAGCGCAAGAAAAGAACAUUUGCGGCUGGAGCUACACCGAAAAAGUUUCCUGGAAGAUCCAUGUACAAUAAACGCUGAAACAUUGUAAAUUACCACUAUUGUUAUUUUUGCUGUGUGUAUAGUAACC